UCCGUUUUUGGCAAGACUCGAGGCUCAAUUCCAAUCGAGCAAGCGACUCGCCACGUUCGUCCUCGUGGCGCGGCGACAGGAGACUAGAGCGCUUUCCCACGCUCUUCUCCCUUCUUGACGCGUAUAUACGUGACCAGUUGGUCGUCUGACGUCGCGUUUCGCUCCUUUCGGUGCUUGUAACCCUCCAUACUCUUUCCUCUACACGAAAAUGAGUGACGAAGACAGCGACUUGGACUCGUCUGGCUUCGUGAUGAUGCCUCCUCCUCCACCACCACCUCCACCGCCGGGAUCUCCUCCUCCCUAUAUGAGCAAGCCCAAAUACACCGGCAAGGCCCGGUUUAUCCAGUCCUCGGUCUAUUCCAGUCGAGACACUGGCAAACCCAAGGCCCGGGCCAAGAAGCCUCCUCGCAAAAAGACGGAGAAUAAGUUCAAUCUGCCUCGACAUGCCACAUUUAAGGAUAUGAACGACCAGAUCUAUGCCACAAAUAGCGACAUGGACGGACUCCACGCACGUCCCGCCCACAUGCUGAGCGUCGUGGAGCUCUGCAAUAACAGCGAAGAAGACGCAGAGAGCGUCGCCACUACAGCCAUUGACACACCCGUGCACUCGGCCGAUGAAGAUGGCAACGACACGGGAGAUGACGGCUGGUCGGACCAUAAUCGAUGGUACUGCAACAUUUGCAAGGACGGAGGAGAGUUGCUGUGCUGUGAUCGCUGUCCCAGAGCGUUCCACAUGAGCUGGUAAGUUAUUUAUUUUAUUAUUUUAAUAAUUGGUGCUAAUUUUUUUUUAUUUUUUCAGUUUGGGAAUGAGUGAAGAUAUGAUUCCAGACAGUGAGUGGUAUUGUAAAAUGUGCUCAGAAUGUUUGGACCGACGUCGUUUGAAGAAGGAAUCGAAGGAGAAAGCGCGUGUGAUGCGUGAAACAGAGAAAUUGGAGCGUGAUGCACGCAGGCGUCAGGCGGAGCAGAUGAGGGAGGAAAUGCUGGCGAAAAAGUCGGUGGAGGCGAUUGAGCACAAGGCCAAGCGAGUCUUGGAGAUGCAGGACCGUAUCCUUAGUCGCAAAAAAAUCAAGUACAAAGAUAAGGAGGAGGAAAAACUCGGCAGACUAGCGGAAGAUCUCGGCAAGACUGUGCGGGCCGCCAAGGAGAAGCUCGAGAAGUUGGAAAAAGAGGACGCAGCUCUUCGAAGAAAGGAGGAAUCUCUCAAUAACAAGAAGAAACGCGGAAUCGACGAAAUCCCGCGCGAGGUGAUUGAGGAUACGUCGCGUCCAGACAAACCAACCCCGAUGCCGUGUGACUUUGCGGAUAUCCCGACGAAAUGCGUUGGCAAGUUGCUGGCAGUGUGGGACUGCAUCUACGCGUUCCGCGAUAUCCUGGAGCUCGCGGAUAUUACAGUGGACCAGUUCAGUCGCGCUCUGAUCCACUCAAAGCACUCACCUAUGCUGACGGAGAUCCACAUGUGUCUUUUGGAGAAAAUCCUCGAGGACAGAGAGGACGACGACUACGUAUCCGACGACGAAACAUCUAUCGACGACAGCGAGCGCUAUCGAUACGAGAUCCAGCACGCUCCUUUGACAGUAGGCGUACCCACUCGCUCGAUGCUGACGCCGUUAACGUGGCCAUCCAUUUUGUGCAGUUUAAUCUCUGCUGUGCCUCGCUACACAGCACACGCAACGGCGACUUUCCUGGCUGCAUUCAAAGCCUUACAGGACACCGAUUACCCUGCGUUACAAGUGCAGCACAAACUGGCGUUGCUGCAAUUCCUUGUUGGUCGCCUUGUGGGUACGGAAAAGGUCCGUAAUCUGCUGGGCAAACAUCUCAACGAAAUGAUCCAGGGGACGAAGGAAUACAACCGCGCAGUACUGCAGGACAAGAAACUUACACUAGAAGACGAGAAGAAACUUCGAGAGAAGCAGCGUGCUGAGUUGGCUAGCAUUGUCGAGUCCAACAAGACGUCGAUGAAGACGUGGCUGGGGAAAAGUGACGGCGUGGAGGAGACCAAGUGCGAUUUCGAUGGCGAUAUGGGCUCCGCUAGCGACUCGGACUUGGACGAUCUCGCCUACAGUGAAGAAGCUCUGGCAAAAAAUGAAGAAGAGCUGGAGAAUCUACAGACACAGGAAUUUAUCUCUCGACACGAGUACAUUGCGCGGAAAAAGAAACUCGACAAGCAACGUGAACGUCUUCGUCAGAAGGUGGAAGUGAAGCAACGCAAGCUUCAAAGACAGGAACAGAUCGAACGGAAGCGCACUCAAGCGAAAAAGGGAAUUACUGAUGGAUUAACGUCGAAAGACGCAGCGUUACUGCGAAGUGCCAUCGAAAAGGGCAAGGAAUGUGGCCUUCCAGACCGCAUUAUCGUGUCUGCCACGCACGUUCUGGAGAUUCUGGAUGCUGAGGCUAUUAGAGAGGAAGAAGCAUUGCAGAAAAAGCGCAAGUUCAGUGCUCUACUGCUCCAGUCUUUCGUGCGAUCAGAGCCUAUCGGACGAGACAGAGACCAGCUAAGGUACUGGAUUCUUCGAGGAGAUUUACAGCGACUCUAUGUUGAAAGGCCAGGCCCAUCAGACACGUUAAGACGGAAGUACGAGUCUCUGUGCAAGAGCGGAUCUCCGAGAGGUGGUUUGAUCCCUGAAGACGACAUGAAUGCAACGUGGUACUGCUAUUCGUCCCAGACGGAGGUAAACUCGCUAUUGGAAGCGCUAGAUGCUCGUGUUCCUCGCGAGGCUCAACUCCGCUCUGCCUUGAAUGACCAUAUGGAAGAACUGUCGAGUGAGAUGCCCGUUUCGAAGCCUGGACUGUUGAUUUCCGAUCUCUUGAAUGAGGAGAGUGCCAAGAAGCGAGUGCCACGUGCGUCUGGCAGCUCGACUGACGAAGAAACGGCGUUCUUACAAUGGAAGAACGACAAGCACUCGAAACGUAAAGCUGUUCAGCAUGCAGAACCAAGUGUCGAGUCUUUCCGUGAAGAUCUACUUAAGGGUCAGGACUGGAUCUCGAGAUGCCUUCGUACGCUGGGCUCUACGUGGCCUGAUCGUCCUGAAAAUGGCGGAAUGGAGUGGAGAAAAUCCGUGCAGGAAAUCGACAAGAUCGAGGACUUUUCUGGUUCUUUGUUGGCGCUAGAGAGCGAGUUGAUGGCUGCUCAAACGAAGCUGAAACCAGGCAGUGCUGCAUCAUCAAAUACCACGGAAUUGGAUGCCAACAAGAGUGCGAAUAACUCCAGUGAAGAACCUGAACAGAACGAUGAUAAGAGUGACGAAGAGGACGACGACGAAGAAGAGGAAGUGAUGGACGCUCUGGUGGAUGACGGCACGAUGCUGUGGCCGUCUAAAUAUUGCCGUGAGCGUUGGAUUCAGAGUGUAAAGCGUGGCAAGACUGUUGCUGUUAUGGCCACUGCGUUGGCCUCACUGGUGCAUCGUCUCGAAGUUCUGGGCUUUUUGAAUGUGUCGGAUGAAGAUGCGAUGAAGACGCGCGCUAAGAGUGAGAAGGAGAAGCGAUCACGUAAGGAGCGUGCAGUCAAGAAGAAACAAGUGGAAGAAGCCGACGAGGAAGACAGCCGUAUGCGCGAGUCAGUGGACGAAUGGGAAGAGGACUGCUACAUCUGCAGCGAAGGAGGAGAGCUCGUGUGCUGCGACGGGUGUCCUCACGUCUUCCACUACUCGUGCAUUGGACUGCGUCGUGUCCCUCGUGGCAAGAUCUUCUGCCACGAAUGCGAUACAUCCGUCAACCCGGUGUUCCCUACCAAGAAGAACGGCAAAGCAGCCAAGCGACCGAGACGCUCGCAGUCGCCAACACGAGGUCGACGUCGCAAGCAGACGAAGCUGGACAAGGCAAAGUCAGAUGAUUCAGAGUCUGAGAGCGAUGCUGACUCGGAUUCUGCAGUGUCUGCUACGUCUUCGGCUCGUCCGGCAUCAAGCAAAACUUCGCCAGUGCGACCUGCACACGUGGAAACCCACACAGGGCCGAAGAAUCCGGAAGACCAAUGGGAUGUCGACUGCAGUGUAUGUGGCCUGGGUGGGGAGCUGCUCUGCUGCGAUGGGUGUCCUCGUGCAUUCCAUGUUAGUUGCAUUGGACUGGAGAAAAUCCCAGAGACGGAGUGGUUUUGCAAUGAGUGCAACCUGCAGACGUGCGGAGCGUGUAAGAAGAACAAAAUUCGACUGGAUUCGCAUGUGAUCUGCGGCUCCGAGGACGGCACUAAGGGCUGUGACCGCGUUUUCCACCUGAAAUGUGCUAAGCUUGAUGCAGUUCCUGCUGACGACUGGUACUGUAAGAAAUGCCGCACGAAGCUGAACCUGUAAGAAAUGGAGGGGUAAAAGCGAAUAUACACACACGAAAGAAAUCGCAAGAUUUUUUUACUUAUGGAAAUUUUGGUUUGGAGAUGAUUCGAUGCCACUCCAGUGCAAUAUUUUCCCAGCGGUAUUUCUUCCGAGCAAACCGCUUCAUACGAUGGCGUAUAGUGGUUACUUGCUGUUCAUUGUACACAGCAUCCACGAUGCUUUGUAUCCAGAGCUCCAGCCAUUCCGGAUCGUCAUCUAACGUCACAGCAAAGUCAGAAUAAAAAAAGAGCAUUUACAAAUUCUUAACGUACCAACAGUGCGUUGUUGUAGAGCUCGCGGUCCAAGGUCAUAGUCGUUGACAGUCUCAGGUAACGCAGAGACUGGGAAUCGACUGGUAAUUGGGAUAGCACCA